AUGCACAGAACCACCCACAGCGACAGAUACGACCUCCCGAGCGGAGUGCCACAAGGCAGCGUUCUCAGUCCGUUGCUUUUCAAUGUGGUUAUGGCGGACCUUCCACAGCACCUGCACAAAAAUAUACACAUUAGUAUGUACGCCGAUGACAUCUGCCUAUGGACAUCGGGCGUACAGUUACCAGCGCUGCAACGGUGGCUUCAAGAUGCCCUCGACUGUACGGUAGCAUUCUUGACGCAGAGGGGAAUGGACAUAUCUCCCGAAAAGACGGUCUUCCUACCCUUCACACGGAAAAAGAUGAACAACUUCCAAUUGCAGCUCUCGACACAGCCAGUCCAGCGGGUUUCACAUCAUCGCUUUCUGGGAGUUAUAAUCGACGCACAAUUAACAUGGGCCGCCCAUACCAAGUAUCUGAAGGGCAGAGCCGACGCUCGGAUUAACAUACUACGGCAUCUCACGGGGCCCCGGUGGGGAAUGUCAACGUCGUCACUACUCACUGUGCACAGAGCCCUCAUCCAGCAAAUGGCAGCGUAUCACCUUCCAGUGCUGAACAACAUUUGCGCUACGUCGGAGAAUAUACUGCAAGGCGUCUUAGCAAGGAGUUUGAAGGUCUGCCUUGGGGUACCAAGUGCCACCUCUAACACACUGACCAUAGCAGAGGCCAAAGAACCUCCAUUCGAGGCACUAAGGGUGCGUGAAACGGUUCGGCAUUACCUUCGCCUGUGCACUCAGCAUGAUCACCAUCCCCUGGUGCGGAAGCUGCUUCGCCGAAACUCUUCUUUCUUAAAAGCACUCUCUCCAUAUAGACGUACAUUGCCAACAGCACGGCCGCAACAAGCGGACCCACACCCUCCAUGGACGCUACAGACACCUCCUAUCUGUACCACCGUGCCUGGGAUCAACCAGGGAAAGUCAAGCCUCCCGCCUUUCGCCAUGAGACAGUACUGCCUCGAAUUGAUGGAAAGGCACAAAGGCCGUGUAGCCAUCUUCACCGACGGGUCCACGACUCUAUCCGGGUCUGCCUCCGCAUUUGUAAUACCAGAGCACAAGAGGGAAGGCAUAGCACGACUGUCUCACAGGACCUCAUCGACGGCAGCGGAGCUGGUAGCCGUACAGCUAGCCAUGAGUUACCUUGCCACGCUCGAGCUGCCUGCGCAAUGGAUAGUGUACUGCGACUCUAAAGCCGGCCUUCAAGCUAUCUCAUCGUUCUUGGAAAAAGGCCGUACGGCUUCAACAGUACGAGACCUCCUGUUAGGCCUCUACAACCCCUUCCUACGGUCUAUCGACCCAUUGAUGGAGUUUGUCAUCGCUUGCCACCGCAGUCGUAAAGAAGAAUCCCUUCUCCUCCGCCUACGACUCAAUGUUGCCCGUACACCCUCACUUCUCUUCAAUAUGGGUCGGCUAAAUUCACCAAACUACAUUGUCUCUGGCGUGGAAGCUGACAUCCCACACCAGCUCCUGCAUUCUCAGCAGCACCUUCACCAUAGGAACACCCUCCGUUGCCGUCUGCUCCAGGUUGGCUGUAACGACCUUUCGUUGGCCGCUCUCCUUGGCCCCGUCCUGCACCCCAACCAGUGGGCUGUCACUGCCGCUCUCUUCGGUUUUCUCUGA